ACGGCGCUGAUGAUGAACGCGCUCACGCGAUGUCCCGGCCUGUAUUGCGGCAGGGAGCUCCUGCCAGACGGGAAUUGGAGCGAUUGCGGCGCCUGUCCGCGCGGCUUUCGCGCCAAUGCCUCGUCGGCGUGCGUGCCCUGCGACGACACGCCGAUAUUCUACGACUGGCUUUAUCUCGGCUUCAUGGCUCUGCUGGCCCUGGUGCUGCAUUGGUUUUCCAUCGACAUGGUCUCCAUGCGUCGGAACAUACCCAAAGAGGUGAUAGUUCUGCACCUGUCUGCAUUGCUCGAGGUAGUACUGGCAUCUCUCAUAGUACUGCAAGUGACAGAGCCCAUUGGAGAGUUCACCAUAAAAUCGUGCAAGGCGAAAAGACUGUCGGAUUGGUACACGUUACUGCACAAUCCCAGUCCCAAUUAUGAAGCGACCCUACAUUGCACGCAGGAGGCAGUUUAUCCCUUGUACACCAUGGUUUUUGUCUUCUAUGCUUUAGGUAUAAUCCUUAUGUUACUAAUAAGGCCAAUAAUAGCCAAGAAAUUCAUGCCGAAACAAGGCAAGUUCUCCAUUUACGCCGCGUUGUACUUCUACCCAAUCCUUGCGCUGCUUCAUGCCGUGGGUGGAGGUCUCAUAUAUUAUUCUUUUCCCUAUAUUACUAUCAUCCUGUCGGUUUUGUCAAAUGCGGCGCACUUUGCAUUCAAGUUGAACCAAACGAUGAAAUCGCUAUUACUGAGCUCCGUCUCAGACAUAAAGAACGUGAUAGUCAUCCUGGGCCAUUGGUUGUUACAUGGAUAUGGAGUGAUUGCGGUGGCGACUCUUCGUGGACUUAGCAUUCAUCCCGUAAUGUUGACCCUAGUUCCAUUACCUGCAUUGUUUUAUAUUCUAACAGCGAGAUUUACCGAUCCCCAUAAGCUCCACAUUGAAUAAGCUUUCAGAGUACUACCUGGCGUAUCGAAUACUUUACAUGUCAUCUUAACAUAAUUCAUUAAAGUGUUUACAUUAAGCUUUAUUACGCAAAAGUUUAUUGUAUGCAAUUAUAUAGGAUAUCUUUUAAUAAAGAUUUGGUUGUUAAU